AUGAUCAGCAAACGCUUCUCUGACAUCCCUUCCGCCAUCGAUAUUCCCGUUCAGGGUGAAGAUGACGACCAGGCAGUCGAAGUUGAUCUCGAAGAUCUUCUGGAUGAUCCUACCGAGUUAUGUACUCUGCUGGAGAACGAAGGAGCUGCGCGAACAUACUGGAUGACGGUCUCCCUGGCGUACGCCAAGCAGCACAAAGUCGAUCAUGCUAUCGAAAUGUUGCUGAAGGGAGGGCAGGCUAUGAGAGGCGGACAGAAGGAGAAGCUCAGUAUGCUGACGUGUCUAUGCUGGAUGUAUCUGUGGAAGAGCAGAGAGGCUCCUCGAGUACCGCCCGAGGGCACACUAGUCUCCGAAGCAAAAACGAAGGAAUACUACCUUCAACUUUCGACUUCGACGCUGAAUGAGGCAUUACGAAUCAACCCUUCCUUUCCUCCUCUUUUUCUGGCACGCGGUGUGCUCCUGCUCCUCAAGGCCUCCCUCCAACCUCCUUCGAAAUCUGCUGCCCCCGGUGCAAUUGACACCGAGAAGGCGGAUAUCUUACGAUCUGGGUUGAGGUCCUUCGAAGAUGCGAUUCGAGUCUCGCAAGGCAGGAAUAUGCUGGCACUCAUGGGGAAAUCGAGGGCGCUAUAUUCCUUGGGGAAGUUUGCUGAGGCUUUGGAGGGCUAUCAAGAUGCAUUACACAAGAUGCCCGAUUUGGUGGAUCCCGACCCACGCAUAGGAAUUGGAUGUUGCUUCUGGCAGCUUGGUUUCAAGGAAGAUGCGAAGACGGCCUGGGAGCGGGCGCUGGAGAUCAGCCCUGGUUCAAAGAUUGCGAACGUUCUUCUGGGCCUUUUCUACCUUGAUGCAAGCGCCCAUGUGCCUACGAACAGCCCCGAGUUUAUUAAACUCUACAAAAAGGCCAUGAUUGAAUACGUCCAGAAUGCCUUCAAGGCUGACAAAGGCGUUCCUCUUAUGUGUGCCACAUUUGCUGGAUACUUCUUGUCGAGGAAGGAUCUCAAAAACGUCAAUACUCUUGCUCACAAAGCUAUUCAAUACACUGACGUCAACGCCAUUGCGAGUGAUGGCUGGUAUCUUCUCGCUAGAAAAGAGCAUUAUGAGGACCACUAUGAGACAGCAGCUGAUUACUAUCGAAGAGCCGAUGAAGCCAGGGGCGGAGCUGACCGUGGCUAUCUUCCCGCCAAAUUUGGAGCAGCCCAGCUUUCUGUAUUGAAGAGUGACUUUGGAGAAGCAAAAUUGAGACUUGAGAAGAUCAUUCAGCAGUCGAAGAAUGUUGAGGCCAUGAUACUGCUGGGCACUUUAUAUGCCGAGGAAGUGUUCACCAGUCAGCAGAGUGGGGUCAAAGAGGACAAAUCAACGGAAUUCAAGAAAGCUGUGGGCUACCUCGAGAACGUACGAACAGCUUGGAAGGACUCUAAGAAGAACCUGGUCCCCGACGCUUCCGUACUUCUGAAUCUAGCCCGCCUGUACGAAGCCGAUCAACCGGAGAAGAGUCUGCAAUGUCUGCAGCAGGUAGAACAGCUCGAGUUUGAUCAGAUUCCAGAAAACGAGAGACCUCAAAGUUCCGAGGAUAAGGCUGCUUUCAAGCAGGAGCUUCGACAAAACCUACCACCUCAACUGUUGAACAAUAUGGGGUGCUUCUACUAUCAGGGCGAGAAAUUCGAUCAAGCCAGAGAUAUGUUCGAAGUAGCUUUGAGUGCUUGUAUUAAGGUUGGCGAGAAACAAGAGGAUAUGGAUACCGAUGCUCUUGUCACUACGAUCAGCUUCAAUCUUGGUCGAACAUAUGAAGCAAUGGGUCUGCUUGAUGAGGCAAACAAAGUGUACGAGGGAUUGCUUGCCCGCCAUAGCGAUUACACUGAUGCACGGACUCGAUUGGCAUACAUUGCACUUCGCCAGAACCCAACUGAAGAUGGGCCAAAGGCUAUGAACAACCUUUACCAAGACUCGUCCGCCGAUCUUGAAGUCCGAGCAUUGUACGGAUGGUACUUGGGAAGAGUCCACGCUCGAAAACGAGCUGGAAACAUCGCCGAGGAUCCAGAGCUUCGCCAUUACAAGCACACUCUUCAGAACUACGAGAAGCAUGAUCGAUAUGCCCUGAUUGGUAUGGGAAAUUUGUAUCUCAUGACUGCCCGUGAGAUGCGGAGAGAAACAGAUCAAGAGAAGCAAAAACGAAGCAACAUGUAUAUCAAAGCCGUUGAGUUCUUCGACAAAGCUCUACAGCUAGACCCCAAGAACGCCUACGCUGCACAGGGCAUUGCUAUCGCCCUUGUUGAAGACAAGAAAGACUUCAAAACAGCUCUAUCGAUCUUUAUCAAGGUCCGAGACACUGUUAAGGAUCCUAGCGUAUAUGUUAAUCUUGGACACAUCUUUGCUGAGUUACGACAAUACUCGAAGGCGAUUGAACACUACGAGGCAGCACUCUCAAAGGACCGUUCACACGAUGCCCAGAUUCUAGCUUGUUUAGGACGAACUUGGCUAUCUAAGGGCAAGGCAGAGAAGGGUUUGCAGGCCUUCAAGAAUGCUCUGGAUUAUUCCCAGAAGGCCCUUGAGAUCGCCCCUGAGCAGAUCCAUUUCAAGUUCAAUGUUGCCUUCGUGCAGAUUCAACUUGCCACAACCGUCUACAACAUGCCUGAAAUGCAGCGAACACUGGCAGAGGUGCAGGAAGCUGCUGCAGGACUCGAGGAAGCCAUCGAGUCUCUGGAUGCCAUUGCUAAGCAUCCUCAGACACCCUACCCGAAACAUGAUGUCGAACAGCGAGCAAACAUGGCACGAAACACUAUGCGUCGACAACUUGAGCGUUCUAUUCAAGCUCAGAAGGAGUACGAAGACAAGAAUGCCGAGAAGCUAAAGGCCGCAAAGGACGCGCGAGAAGCAGAGCUAAAGAAACGUGAGGAGACGAAAUUAGCAGCUGAGAAGGCUGAACGUGACAGAAAGUUGAAGAUUGCGGAGGAGAGACAGAAGAUCGCAGAGAAGGAUCGGGAGCUUGCGGAACUGAGAGCUGAAGAGGAUCGAGUUCGAGAAGCUGCUGAACUUACUACCGAUAGCGAGACUGGCGAGAAGGUCAAGAGAAAGAAGAAGCCCAGAGGUGGGGGAGCCGGCGGAAAGCGCAAAAAGAAGAACGAGGAUGGCAUUACAGAUGAUGAUGAUGAUAGCGGAGCAGAGCCCAAGAGAAGAAGUCGUGGAAACAGGAGUGGUGGUGACAGCGACUCCGAGAAGCCAAAGAAGAAGAGGAGAUUGGCAAAGAAAGCGGAGAAGCCAAACAAGUACAAGAGCAGCGAGAUUGUGGUUGAGAGCGACAGUGAAGGGGAUGAUGGCGCUGCUGAGGCAGCAAAGGAGAUGGAUGCGGAUGUCUUUGGCAACGAAACUACCGGUGAUAUGGAUGUGGAUGAUGAAGAGACCGUGGCUAUCCCGGUCAAACGCAAGAACAGACGAGCGAUGAUUGAUUCUGACGACGAGGACGAGGAGGCACCAGCUCCAGCGAGAGAAGAUUCCCCAGCAACCGCAAACGGAGACGGCGACACUCCCAUGGCAGACUCUGGAAACAACGGGGAUUCAGAUGAUGAAUAG